AGCACUGAAUCCUGUUCAAAAGAUCCAUGCUGUAGCAAAGACUGUGUUCUCAAACCCAGUGCUCAAUGUGCUUUUGGUCUUUGUUGCAAAGAUUGCCAGUUCCUUCAAAGAGGCACCAUGUGUAGAGCAGAGAAAACUGAGUGUGACCUUCCAGAGUGGUGCAAUGGAACUUCAGGUGAGUGUCCAGAAGAUGUGUAUAAAGAGGAUGGAAUCCCUUGUAGUGAUGAGGGUUAUUGCUAUAAAAAAGAAUGUCAUCUACAUGAUAAACAGUGUCAGGAGAUUUUUGGCAGUGGAAGUAGAAAUGCAGAUGAAAUUUGCUACAUGGAAAUGAACAAACGGGCUGACCGAUUCGGGAACUGUGGUAAUGAUAGCUCUCGGUACAUAAGAUGCAAUCUUGCUGAUGUAUUCUGUGGACGAAUUCAGUGUGAGAAUGUAACAGAACUUCCCCAAAGGAGAAACCAUGAAACAGUGCAUUAUACUCACUUCAAUAAUAUCACCUGCUGGACUAUGGACUAUCAUUUUGGGAUCACCAUACAUGACUUUGGAGCAGUGAGCGAAGGCACAGCUUGUGCUCCAGACUUCUUAUGUAUUAACAAAAAAUGUGUCAGCACAUCUGUUCUGGUAAGUAACUGUUCACCAGGCUUAUGCAAUAUGCAUGGUGUCUGUAACAAUAAACACCACUGCCAUUGUAAUAACACAUGGGAACCACCAGACUGCCGACUCCGUGGCCAUGGAGGUAGUAUAGACAGUGGACCACCUCCAGUGCCUGCAUCCCCUUCCAAUUGGAGUAUGUACUUCCUAGCUUUUAUAAUACUGUAUGUGCUUGGCUUAAUUGCUUUGUAUGGCAUUCGUGAACUUAAAAAACAAUCCUAAAAUAAUCUGUGCUAGACUCAGAAUCUGGUGAUAAAAAUCUCACCAGAAAAAAAAUAAAGAAAAGAUAAAAACCAGAAUCUCUGGUCCACAGACUUGCAAAACUUGAAGAAGAUGUCACACAUAAAAGAAAAACACAAUAAUAAAAUGUAUCCUAUAAAACUCCCA